AUGGACUACUCAUGUACCCAAGAAAGUGGGCGAUCUUCCUCCUCCCAAAUAGCAAGACGACGUACGUGGAACCCGCGUGAGGAGUCUUUCCUAAUAGAUAUUUUGAAAGACAUGGUGGAUCCACACAUCAACGAUUGGGCUGAAAUAUUUGGGAAAGACAGAGCUACAGGUGAAAAUUCAGAAUCCUUUCAAGAUGCAGCCAAUGACGUUCCAGAGCAUGUCAUGCAGGACCAAGUAGACUCGGAUAAUGAGGAUGUUCCAUCACAGCAGAACCAAUCUGAUGGAAGCCCAGGCCUUCGCAUGAGUAGCACUUCAGGUACGGAGUCCGGGUCCGGAAAUAGGGCAGAAACAUAUUCGAAUUGUAUGUGUAUCAUUGCGAAGCUCCUUUUUUUGUUCUAUUGUUGUGACAACAAGCAGGGAAUGGACAACAUGGAUGUUGACGGUGACGGUCCUCAUUUCUUCAAGGCUGUUCAGUUUCAUACGCUCUAUACCAUGGUAAGAUAUGCGCAUGGGUUCAACUAUUUGGUGCCUCUAUCUUCUUGUGUAACUUACUGCUUCUGCAUUCCCGCCAGCGACACACCACCAUUACCGUGGUGUGGUGCUGCCACAACAGUGCAGUAUCGAGACCGUAAAUACGAGGCGACAUUGGAUAUGGUCAAUAACUGCCCGACAUUAACGGAUGGAUGA